AGGUGAUUCUCAACCGUUGGUAACAGGAGGAGAGAAGAAGAACUUUCCCGUUUAUUUAGCAUCGACUGUUUAUGUUUCUUAAACAAAACAAACGAGGAAAGUAAGGAAGAAAUAUUGAUAAUAACACUAUAGUCUAACUAAGGAGACUCAUCUUAAAGUUGCUUCUUCAUGACUGGUGAAGUGUUGAUCAAGAGAUCAUGGAGAACGAUGUGAGGGAGUGCAUCACUUCCCCUGUGACUGCAGGAGCUUCAGUCGGACCAGCGGUUUCACAGAGCAGAUCUGAGGAUGAAGAGACUAAUGCGAUGAAGAGAACGCCUACUCAGACCUUCAGUGGACCCGGAUUAAUUCCCAAACGCAGAAGCUCUUCCAGGUCAAUAAAGAGAAAAAAGUUUGAUGAUGAACUUGUUGAGAGCAGCCUGGCUAAAUCUACUAGUCGGGUCAAAGGGCAGCCAGUCAUUGAGACAAUCAGAUGCCCCGGGAGUGACCUCAUGUCAAGUGACAAGAAGAAGGGUUUAAAGUCUGGCAGUUCUCUUACACCUCCUCUUACCAUGGUCCUCACGCCUUCAUCGAUGUCCAAACGUAUGAAGAAAAAUAAGCAACCUUUACAGAUCACUAAAGACCUGGGACGCUGGAAAUCUACUGAUGAUCUUCUGCUCAUUAAUGCUGUCUUACAGACCACAGAUCUGACAUCAGUUCAUUUGGGGGUAAAAUUUAGCUGUCGUUUCACACUGCGAGAGAUCCAGGAGCGCUGGUACGCUCUGCUGUAUGACCCUGUCAUUUCAAAAAUGGCGUGGCAGGCCAUGAGGCAGCUUCAUCCAGAGGCCAUCGCAGCCAUUCAGAGUAAAGCUCUCUUCAGUCAGGCAGAGGAAACUCUUCUUGCCAAAAUCAUCUCUAGCAGUCAGCCUAAGAUGGAGGUUUUUCAGGAUUUGCUAAACAAACACCCAAGUGUGUUUUACCCGUCCCGUACAGCUAAGAGUCUCCUGAUCCACUGGCAGCUGCUUAAACAGUAUUAUUUACUGGAGGAUCAGAGCGUUCAACCUCUGCCUAAAGGAGAGCAGGUGUUAAAUUUCUCUGACGCAGAGCAGGUGGUUGAUGAUGCCAAACUCAAGGAGAGUCGAGAUGAAGUCCUGGAGCACGAGCUGAUGAUUGCAGACAGACAUCAGAAGCGUGAGAUCAGACAGCUGGAGCAGGAACUUCCUCGCUGGCAGGUGUUAGUGGACAGUAUCACAGGCAUGAAUUCACCGGACUUUGAUAAUCAGACGCUGGCAGCUUUACGCGGGAGGAUGGUCAGAUAUUUGAUGCGUUCAAGAGAGAUCACCCUUGGACGUGCUACUAAAGACAAGCAGAUAGAUGUGGAUCUAUCUUUGGAGGGACCUGCGUGGAAAAUCUCCAGAAAACAAGGAAUCAUCAAAUUGAAAAAUAACGGGGAUUUCUUUAUUGCUAAUGAAGGCCGAAGACCCAUUUACAUUGAUGGCAGACCUGUUUUAUCUGGAAACAAGUGGAAGCUCAAUAACAACACUGUCAUGGAGAUUGCAGGUCUUCGUUUUGUGUUCCUUAUCAACCAGGACUUAAUCUCUCUUAUAAAAGCUGAAGCUGCUAAGAUGAACCAGCCGUAAAGCUGAACCUUCUUGUCACGCUCAUGGGCAGUCAAUCGUGUCUCAGUUUGGGACCACAGGAACACCGACAAGUUGUGCACUGGAGCCAACAAAGCCGUAGAUGCUUUUACCUUCAUACUGCAGGAUUUGCAUACAAUAUUACACCUGAAGCUGAGACUGGAACUGACCAAACAUUUGGAGACUUGAAAAUAUAUCGUCAGUAUGUUCCUGUUAGACAAAAUUAACAACAAACAAUGAAGAACAAACAAACAGAUUAUUUGAUCUUGUUGUCACUGCUUGUUAGUGGUAUAAGUUUGUUUCUUUGUUUGUGUAAGUUACAUUUGACACUUCAUGUCUUUUGUAGACUUGUUUGUAACUAUAACCCAGUAGCCUAGUAUUGUCAAGUUUUUAUUACACGUCAAAUGUUUGAUUGUUGGAUAACUCAUAAAAAUAUAUAUUCAUAAUUCAAGUGUUUGCAGUUUAAAUCCAACCACAGACUCUUGACUGUUGCCAAUAAUUGUGAAUUUGACCUUUAGUAAAGUCAGAGUCUUCUGAAACAUCUCAACUCAAUUCACAUCAACACAUUUAAAGAUUUUUUUUGCCACACAUACAAAGAGUGUAUCGCAGUAAGAUAAAAUCUGACAAAAUUUAUGAAAUAAUUUAAAUAAGAUGAAAUGAAAAUAUAAGUCUUAAAGCACUUUAAACCAUGUAAGAGUCAGAUCAUACUGUGUGAGACUAAAUCGUUUAAAGGAUGAGACAUAAAAAAGAUAAAUAAAUUGUGUUAAAAGCCUGAAGUACAUUAAUAUCAUAAACAUAGGAGACCGGGCCUUAACAGUGCCUAAAGUCCAAAUGUGAAAGUGUUCACCAGUGUAUAUAUACAAUCCAAACAAGUCCUUGAAACAAAUCUUUAAUGGCAAGAACUUCAAAAUCCAGCUCAUGCAUGUUUACAAUAUAAAUACAGCAGUUUACUCAUGUCAAAUGUAAAUGCAGACUUUGUAUCUACAGCUCAAAUCGUAAACCAGCAGGAACUGAUUAAACAGGGAACUGGGUCGACGUAUACGGUGCAUAACAUGAGACGAGUCCUUAUGAACUCACUGUGUGUGAAGUGUAACCACUAUUUCACCAAACCAUAAACUGAAAACAGUAUACUAAUGGGAUGUCACUUAUAUAUAUUCCCAAGCCAUUUUUCUCAUAUCUGGAGAAAACAAUCUCUUCAUUUAUACAAGCCUAAGCAAAAGAGUCUAUAACAUCUUGGCCCUGUUUCAAAGACAAGGCUUAAAGUGCCCCUAUUUUCAUAUUUUCAUUUUUACAUUUCUGUUGUUGUGUAAGUGUGUGUUAGUAGAUGUUAACCAUCUGCAAAAUUACAAAUCCUUGUGUUCACUGUAGUCUAAGAAAACAGAUUUCAGUUGGAGAUGAUAAAUCACGUCAUCAUAGAUUAUGAGAUUUGAAGAGUUUUGUUGCAAAACAAGAUAAAUCCGUUUUUAACAUUUUUGUCAAAACAUGUUUAUUAUUAUGUUAUUAUUUUGUUUUAUGGUGCUACUUAGCUGUAUUUUUUAAGUUAUGAAGGUUUAAAUCAAAACAAACCAACUGCAGUUGAAUUGAUAUUAAUUGGAAUGCACAACAAAAAAAUGAGAUUUUAAUAGAUAAUAAUUUUGCAUCAUUUUACCAAUAAAAGAACGGUCUUUUUUAUGACAAACAAUACAUUUAUUCUGGUACCGUCAAGCUCUAAGCUUUGUACAUUAACAUUUUCCAGAGUUCCCCUCUGCCAUCCUUGUAGAGUCUUGAAGUGUAUGUU